AUGGAUAACAACAAUAACAACAUCUACAACGGCGAGCUCGUUGAGCAAGCCUUCGAGAUCAUCACCACCGUCGGCCGUGUCGAUGGCGUUUACAACGACGAACAAUGGGAAAUCGUUAUUAACGCCGGUGAGAUGAUUAGUGAUCACAUGGGUGGCGCCCACGGUUUGACUAUGGUCGAAUACCGUAUCCUUGAGAUGUUUGCCGUCGGUAUCGAGCUCCCUAACCAGCUGCCUUGGCUCGAGCGACAGUCUGAUGCUAUCCGGCAACGAGCUGAUCGUCCUUUGACUCCGGGUGAAGAACACUUCUUCCAACUUGUGGACGAUAUUGUUGCGACUUAUGAUGAUAUCAUCCAUGGCGAGGUAAUGAGGGAGAGACAGAGCCGAUCCGAACAAGCUAACGCUCCAGAACCCCCGAUGGUAGAUGCCAACCCCCCAGGCGAGACUAUCGAUGCUGUCGAUCCAAUGGCUGAGGCUAUGGCUAUACGCCUGCACGUAGCCGCUAACGCGCCUCCAGUCGUCCAUACCUCGGCCCCGAUGCCCAUCCAGCUGCUAAACGCACCUCUCAUCGCACCACCCACGCCCAUCUUGAUGCCUGAUUGGAUUGCCAACGCGGCUGUUACUAAUGCCCAAAUGCCUACUUCCUAUCUGACCACUAUCGCUGCAGAUGGUACUGUUUUAGAACAGCGUGUCUUCCAUCCUACCGUGGCCCCAAACAGCAGCCCCGAGAACCCUAUCAACCAGUUUGAUGGGAUCAAUAUUGACCAGAUUCCUCAGAGUGAUGUGCUUGGUGCUAUGAACCUUGACCCGGCCCCAAUGGAUUUGCAGCAGGCUGUUACCAACCAGCAAGCCCUCAACCAACAGGUCAUGACCCAACAAGCAAUGGACCUGGCGAUGAACCAGGCUCUUAUGAGCCAGCAGGCCAUUAACCAGCAGGUUGCUAACCUCCAGGCAGUGCAGCGGGUUAUUAAUAAUCAGCAGGCCAUGCAGCAGGAAAUGAAUCUUGAUGUCCAGUACCACCUCGCCAAUGCCAUGCUCGACAACGCAAUGAACCCCAACGCCCAGUACCCCAACGGUGAGAACAAUGGCAACGGCAAUGGCAACGGCAAUGGCAUGUACUAA